AUGGAAACGACUGCGGAUACGCCGCUGUGGAGCUUGCCAGUAACGUUAGGACACGAGAUCGGAGCCGGAGCACCAUGUAUCAAGUGUGGGGAUGCCUGUACAGGCUUAGACCUUCAUUUCUGGAGGAAAAUCUGCAAAGUAUGCAAGUGCGGCCCUGAGGACCACAAGAUUGUCGGCCAAGACAGGGAGCAAUUUCGCAAGAUUGGACGUCUCUUCGACGAAGCACACACGGUUCGUUAUAACUUGAAUCGCAUGACUGUCAGUCGUACGCAGUACUUGAAUGCACCGGAAGAAAAGGAAAAGGAGGAGAACAAGGCAGUUACAAAGAAGGUUGAAAGCAACGUACCAAAUGGAGAUUCACAGAUCACUUUUGAAUGGAUCCCGCAAGGUGCUACGGUGGAAACGGCUACACGCUACAUGGAGAUGCUCCCCAUGGAGAGCCAGCCCAUCGAGGGGACAGAAGGAGCAGACUCCCGCAAGAAGCAGAUUCACGUCCAGCUUCCGGCCCAUGACCAAGCCCCGGAACUCUGCCAGAACCUGACCGAUAAGGAGGCCAAAGACAUGGAAGAUUUUGUCAAGGAGUACAAGGAGCAUGCGGUAGGCAUUGGGAUGGUACAACCGGUCCAGGCUAAGGCCGCAGGAACCUCCUUCCAGUUGGUAGGUGCUCCACCCGUGCCACCAAGGCCAAACAAGAAGGGAAGUCAUCCAGGAGCCCCUGAGGACAUUGGUGCAGGAGACCCCACCCAAGCAUCCCCCAAGGCCAACGGCUACAGCACCCCUUCCCCAACCCAAGGAUCCCCUGUCCGUGCAGUUGGUACAGACGCCUCCGUCGGUACGGACCAGGAGUACUGGCCACCACCCCCUCCUCUUGCGGUCAACGGAGAUGCACCACAGACAGCUUCUGAAGGAGUAGGAACAGACCAGCCACCCUCCCCGACCACCUCUACCGCUUCCGCUUCAUCCACGUCCAGCUCAAAAUGGCAAUGCGUCAAGUGCGGGGAGAACAUGAGCGGCGGCGACGUGGCCGUCUUCGCCGAGAGGGCAGGAGUGGACAAGUGCUGGCACCCCGGCUGCUUCCGAUGUACCACAUGCAAUGAAUUGUUGGUGGACCUGAUCUAUUUCUUCAAAGGGGAUAACAUCUACUGUGGCAGGCAUUAUGCAGAUACACUCAAGCCUAGGUGUGCUGCUUGUGAUGAGCUCAUAUUUGCAUUGUCUUACACCCAAGCCGAAGAUAGGAAUUGGCAUGUGAACCAUUUCUGUUGCUUUGAAUGUGACACGCCCCUUGGUGGGCAGCAGUACGUCGCCAAGGACAGUCACCCCUACUGUAUGGACUGCCACUCAAAGAAGUUUGCUAAGUUGUGUACAAGCUGUGGGAUGAAGAUAGGAGCUGGCGUUCCCAGAUUGAGCCACAACAAGCACCACUGGCACGCAGACGACGACUGCUUCCGAUGCUCCAACUGUAAGAUCACCCUGGUUGGCAAAUCAUUCCUACCCAAAGAGGGCUACAUCUUCUGUUCCACCAAGUGCAAGAAGCAGCUGCUCAGAUAAUCGGUGCUUGAGAAAUCGCCCUCUAGUGUUAGAGGAGAGAUAGUUGAAUCAUAGAUAAGUGACUGUGUCUGCAUAUUAAGUUUAAUGUGUGGAUUAUAUGCAAGAUGUUGGAGGACUGUAGUUUAAAGCAUUAUCGUAUCAGACUGGAGCUCAAUAUCAUGGACAUGAUAUAUAAAAGAUGUUUAGUAUCGGGUGUUACACUACUAGUCUACAAUAUUUAAAUAAUAUUUCGCAUUUAUAAAGCGCUUUAACACAUCGGAACGACUUUUCGAAGGGCUUUACAGAUAUAUUACAACCCCGGUCGUAGGAUCCUGGCUUGCCUGCAGAUAUGCACUUUCUCCACUCCCUGGGGAAGGCAUUCUGAAUUUUUCUUUCAACACAGACACCAGAACCAACACUGAACUUGAAAUAACCCAAUGCAUUUGAAAGAAAGGUUUAUAUUCAAGAGAAUGAUAUAAAUGGCUGUCAUAGGGCUAUCCUAAUUCAUGUCAUAUUUUCUUAUUUAAUGUUCAAGAAAAAGAGAGAUGGUAUUUGGAUAGGGCAUCAAUUGAUAAAUCAUCAUCUUUAAAAAAAAGUGAUCUCCCCCAAAUUUUUAGAUUUCACCACAGCUACGAAACAAUGUUAUGCAUGGUAUAAGAAAUUGCAUACAACGAAUGUCCAUAUUUUUCGUACAAUGAAAUUGCAUGCAACGAAAUGUUUGUGUAUACAUAUAACGGUGUCAACCUCACACCUGAAUACUUUCUGCAUGGAAAGGACAAAAACAUCAAAUCUUUUUUUUUAAUCAUGAGGGGAAACUUUUAAAGAAUAUAUAUUAUAUUGUGUACAAUGAAAGGUAUUUUCAAUGAAACAUACCUUUUACUACAUUUAUAUCAUAUGAUAGCAUUCAAAUCUAAAUGUUCUUCAUAGUUAAUAUUUGACAGCUUAUAUUUGCUCUCUAUCACACUUUCGUCUGUUAGUAUAUCAAUGCAAUGUAUCAUUACUUUCAAAAUAGUUACAAAUGUAAAAUUACAAUGACUGUAGUUUUAUUUUAAGCAUUCAUUAUUGAUUCAAUCGAUACACUUCAGAACUGUAAUCACCACCAUAUUCAUUUACCCCAAAUGUAAAAGGAAACAUUCAUAUUGUAGCGUAAUUAAAAAAAUAAUGCUUUCACUCUCAGAUUUUUAUUAGUUCCUAAUAAUGUUAUUGCAGGAAAAUGAGAUUGUCUCGGACCAAAAUAAGAUAGGAGAUUUUUACUUCUGAAUACAAGUCAAAGAAUGGUUGGUGAAAAUGAGUCUUCAAUCUUUAAUUAAAGGUAGAAGAUUGGUAAUGAAAAAUUGUAAAUCCAUAGUCUGUAGUCCUCUGUCAAGAAAUGAAUGAGAUUGGAAAUUUAGGAAAUAGGCAUUUUGAUCAUUGUACAUAACUAUUACAUGUACUUUGUAUAUUGAAAAAAGGUAUAUAUUCUUCAAAGCCUGACUGUCCUCCGUUCGUUCACUUUGUGGAGCAGUUGUAAUGUACAUACAAUUCAUGUAUUUUCUUCUGAGGUCUUCAUUUUUUUUAAAGGUGGAACUUAAUCUUGUUUAAAGGUAGAAAUGAGCCUUGAAAGUUUUGCUACAAAGAUUUAAUUGGUAUCAUUAUGAAACAUGGAUGUGUCUCAAUCAUGCUGCAUUUGUUCCAGUCUAAUUACAAUCAUUAAUAUUCAAAAGAAGCUGUCCUUCUGUGUUUUAAACGUACUUAUACAAUUUGUUAAAAUUUUGUUAAUUCUCUCAUUUAAAGCAGGAGCAUUCUUUAUAAUUGCUAUAAUGUGUAGGCUUACUUUUAUACAUGCAUAGAUCCAUGUUGAAUGUUUUGAGAUAUUUCAUUUGUAGCUGAAGCAUUCUUCAUAAUUGUUAAAAUGUGUGGGCGUACCUUUGUACAUACAUAGAUCCAUGUGGAAUUAUUUGAGAUGAUAUUUCAUUUGUAUCGAUGUAAAAGAAGUACGUUUUCAUGGUACAAUUUACACCAAUACUGCAUGAGUAUAAUCAUUGCAGCCCAGCUUUAAGCUCUGUUCUGAAAUGGUGAGACAUACCAUCGCACUUAUGCUAUAUCAAUGUGCAUUACACACUUCGAUUCCCCAAAGAUGUGCAGACAAACUCAUAACAUCACAACAAUGUCAUUUUGAUGGCGCAAACAACGUCAUUAUGAUGGCGUAAGCCAUGUUAUAUGAUAUAAUGAUGAUGUCAUAUGGCAUGAGCCAUUGUUGAUGACAUCAUAAUGAGUUCAUUAUGAUUUCAUGAGCUAGUCCGUAAAAACCUGUGCAACUUUUUGACAAAGUUUAUUUUCUGAUAUCUGAACAAGAGGAAGUGUUGCCCAAGCAGAAGACCUUUUUCUGAUAAAAUCUGUAAUUCUGUACCCAAAAUGCUACAACAUGCCUGAACAAGGCAUUGUAGUGAUUACACAAUGUAUUUUUAUCCAAGUUUCUGCACAGAAUCGUCAAGUAAGAAUGUUUAAUUUGUUGUUUUGAAUGUCGUGACAGUUUUCUUCUUGAAUAUUUUAGCCAAAGAAUAAUCCAAGAACUUCAAUUCCCUUACCCUACUAUUGUUUUCAGAAGUCAUUCCAUUUUGAACAUGUGAUUAUGAAUGCUUUGAUCACCUUUUUAAUACAAAAUUGUGUGCCAGCAUUUUGCUUCAUGAAGCUAUGUGAGAUAUUGUAAAUAAGUGCCUUGUUCACUUUUGCAGUUACCCUGUCUUGAAUGACGUUCUCUUGUGUAGAUUGUAGUUUGAUAGUUUGUUUUUCAUUUAUAAUACUGCAGCCUUGAUUUGCAGUGUAUUUGAAAUAAUGCCUUUUUAUCAACAACGCAAGAUAACCUCUAUUUUCAAUGUCCACCUUUCUCUUUCACCUGUAGUUUGCGUUUCUCUAAUAUUUAUUUUAAUUGUAAAGGAGUUAUUAUGUAAUGCACAUCGAAAUUGUUUUUCUGAUAGCUUAAUAGAAUGUCUUAUUUCGAUAUAGAUAUAUAUAUUUAUAAACAUGUAAUUUCUAUUUGAAAAAUUGUAUUUAUUUUGUAUGCCUUUUCUGUAUAGAACUGGAAGCAAUUUUUACAUAGGUAUAAUCAAGGGGUUUAAUGAGAUUAAGUGUUAAAUAGUAUAAAUGUAUGACCCGGUGCUCAAGUCACUCUUAAUUCACACCACCCUGUCCUUGUACUACUUUUUUUUUUGGGGGGGGGG